AUGAGCAAUACAGCAGCUUUAGCUGUUGUUUUUCGGCUGGCCGCCCUGGAGGAGCUCGACUGCUCGGGCAACCGCCACCUCGGGGCUCUGCCCGAGGGCAUCGCCGCCCUCCGCCGCCUCAAGAUCCUCUGGCUGAGCGGCACCGGGCUGGCAGCCCUGCCCGAGGGCCUGUGCCAGCUGAGCGCCCUCGAGAGCCUGAUGCUGGACGGCAACCGGCUGCAGGGCAUCGCCGCCCUCCGCCGCCUCAAGAUCCUCUGGCUGAGCGGCACCGGGCUGGCAGCCCUGCCCGAGGGCCUGUGCCAGCUGAGCGCCCUCGAGAGCCUGAUGCUGGACGGCCCUCCCCAGCAGGCCCUGCCCGCCGGCUUCGGCAACUUGCAGCGGCUCAAGAUGCUGAAUCUCUCCUCCAAUCUGCUGGGGGAGUUCCCUGCUGCCAUCUUGGCACUGCCCAGUCUGGAGGAGCUCUACCUGAGCCGCAACCAGCUCACCCUGCUGCCCCCUCACCUCUGCCAGCUCCGUCAACUUCGCACCCUCUGGCUUGAUAACAACCGCAUCCGCUACCUGCCUGACUCCAUCGUCCUCCUCCACAGCCUGGAGGAGCUGGUUCUGCAAGGCAACCAGAUUGCCAUCCUGCCCGAGGGCUUCGGGCAGCUCUCCCGUGUCACCCUGUGGAAGAUCAAAGACAACCCCCUCAUCCAGCCCCCCUAUGAGGUGUGCAUGAAGGGCAUCCCCUACAUUGCAGCCUACCAGCAGGAGCUGGCCCACUCCCAACCUGCCCUCAAACCCCGCCUCAAGCUGGUCCUCAUGGGCCUAAAGGAUGCAGGAAAGACCCUACUGAGACGAUGCCUCAUGGAGGAGGAUGGGCAGAGGGAGGAUAUGGGAAGUCUGGUGACAGGGAGCACCCAGCCCAGAGUGUGCCCUGGGCAGCAGCAGGACCUGGGGAGAGUGCCAGUUGGGUGUUGCGCCUUCCCAGAGCCUCAGGACUCUUCCUCAGUGCAGGUACCUGUCAUUCAGCAGCUGGAACAUCUCCCUGCUGAGUGGCAGGACUUCCCUUCUCACAUGCCCUCUCACAGGGUAAAAGGGGAAACGCUGCGUCCUACACCAUCGCUGUCACUGAGUCCCCCACAGGUACCUUCAGGACUGGGACUGCUGGGGGGCAGCAAGGGCAUUGAGGUGAUGGACUGGACAGCAGAUGCAGAGCGAGGCCUGACAUUCAUUGUGUAUGAGCUGGCGGGGGACCCAAACUAUGAUGUGAUCCAGUCUUUCUUCCUCUCUCCUGGAGCCCUGUAUGUGCUGGUGGUGAAUUUGAGUGCCUACGUCCCUCAGCACUUCUACCCCUCUGUGGGCUAUUUCUUGCACUGGCUAGGUUCCAAGGUGCCCCAUGCUGUUGUGUGUAUGGUGGGAACCCAUGCUGACCUCUGUGCAGAGCGGGAAUUGGAAGAGAAGUGCCUGGACAUCCAUCACCAGAUCGCUCAGCAGGAGAAAAGGGAUGCUGAGGGACUCCAGAGCUUGGUCCAACAGGUAGAUGAGGCUCUGGGACAGGACUUUGACCUGCGCUGCUCCAGCCCGCACACUGCCUUUUAUGGGGUCUCAGACAAGAACUUGAGACGGAAAAAAGCCCAGUUUCAGUACCUUCUCAACCACCGCCCACAAAUCCUCUCUCCAGUGCUGCCUUUCAGCUGCCGGGACCGUUGCCAAGUGCGUCGCUUGCGGGACAAGCUCCUUUCGGUGGCUGAGCACCGGGAUAUCUUCCCGAACCUGCACCGGGUUUUGCCCAGAUCCUGGCAAGUGCUGGAGGAGCUGCACUUCCAACCACAGGCUCAGCAGCUGUGGCUUAGCUGGUGGGACUCUGCCCGGUUGGGCUUGCAGGCGGGCCUGACAGAAGAUCGACUCCAGAGCGCCCUGUCCUACCUACACGAGAGUGGGAAGCUGCUCUACUUCGAGGAGCACCUCACCUUGCGGGAGUAUGUGUUCCACAACCUGCCGCGGCUCAUUGACAUCCUCAAUGUCUUUUGCCAGUGGGAUGCAACAGUGCUGCUCCAGAAACUGCUUAGUGACACCCACAUUGACGAACUGAGGGCCACUCAGCUCCAUCACUAUGUGGAGGGCUUCUUGCUGCAUGGCCUCCUCCCUGCCCACGUUAUCCGUCUCCUCCUUAAGCCCCACGUCCAGAGCCGGGAGGAUCUGCAGCUCAUCCUGGAGUUGCUGGAGAAGAUGGGGCUCUGUUACUGUGUCAACAAACCCAAAUGUAAGCCCCUAAAUGGGGCAGCUGCUUGGUACAAGUUUCCCUGCUACGUAAAAAACGAGGUGCCCCAUGCAGAGGCAUGGAUCAACGGUGUCAAUCUGAGUGGACAGUCCUUUGUGGUCGAGCAGCUGCAGAUUGAGUACAGCUUUCCAUUCAUUUUCCCACCUGGCUUGUUUGCACGCUACAGCGUCCAGAUUAACAGCCACGUGGUUCAGCGGUCAGAUGGCAAAUACCAGAUCUAUGCCUACCGGGGAAAGGUGCCCGUGGUGGUGAGUUACCGGCCUGCCAGGGGAGCUCUGCAGCCAGAUACUCUGUCUAUCGCUAGUCAUGCAUCCCUACCAAAUAUCUGGACAGCUUGGCAAGCUAUUACCCCAUUAGUGGAAGAACUGAAUGUCCUGCUCCAGGAAUGGCCAGGCCUGUACUACACUGUGCACGUCCUCUGUUCAAAGUGCCUUAAAAGAGGGUCACCCAACCCACACACUUUUCCAGGAGAACUGCUGAGUCAGCCAAGACCAGAGGGACUAACGGAGAUCAUCUGUCCCAAGAACGGCAGCGAGCGAGUUAAUGUUGCCUUGGUUUACCCCCCAACUCCUACUGUGAUCAGCCCUUGUUCCAAGUGA